AUGGUCGACAAAUUAACUCAGACAACUACUUUGAUGAGCAAUACAUUGCAGCAAGCAAAAGUUAGAAAGGAGCUUUUUACUACCCUGCCACUGACUUCGGUUAUCCUACCCUACUUCGGAUACGCAGAUGAGUGCCAGAUACUAAUGACUCAGCUAAGAAGAGCCUCAAGAAAACUUUGGGACAAGAACAAACACAUAUUGCUGAGAAACUACCCUGGAGAAGAUGGAGAAGACACACUCUUAAUACAGAAGAAGCUUCUAAAGAUUGAUACAGCAUAUCACGGUCACUUUCUUCAUAAAAAGAAUACUUUAAGUUUUGAAAGUUUCAUGGAAAGUGAAUUAUCAAAACUAUAUAAACUUCAGAUUUAUAGAUGCUGUUCCCAAGAAUCAAUAAUAAGAGAGCUUUUUAAAUUUUUUAGAGAAGUUGACACAAAUUGUUGGACAAUCGAAAAAAUUGAAAUUAAAUUUUCUCGUAAUGCGUUUAGAAAGGCUUCUCCAGAAUAUAUGCUAUCUUCAUUACAUGAAUUGGCCAAAUUCCUGAAGACACAAUUUGUAGUACAUGAAAAUGAAUAUGGUGACCUAAAUUGUAUUUCAAGAUCAAAGAUAAUUUAUAGAGGAAGCGCAAAUAGGCAUUUAACCUUAUAUAAAGAUACACAUUUUCCAAAUUCGAACAUCGUCUCAGCUUUUUGGGAAGAAUACAGUAAGCUAUAUGACCAAUUAACAGAUGAAGGAGUUGAGGCAAAAAAAUUUCUAACUCAUCUUGAAACUAACACAAUUGACCAAGUUUGUGAGAAAGCAAAAACCUCUGCUUUCAAACUCAAGCUAUUCUCAAUGAAUAAUAUAAAUGAUAUAGUAGCUCUCAAAGGGAUUUCCGAUAAACUGAAAGGUUGGCACAGAGACCACCAAGAGCAAAUACGAAGAUUAAAAACGAUUUACUUGAGACUUUUUCAAUUCAAAUAUGAUAGAAGUAUAGAUAAUAGAAACUGUCUGUUGAAUGGACUAAUAACUUUGUCCCGGAGUUGAAAAGAAAGUGGCCUAAAUUUAAUUAUAAACACAGCUCGAUUGGAAGACUGGGAUAAAACUUCUGCUUCAUUGUGUUAUCUCGUAAUUGGAUAUCAAGCUUUGGUUAUUGAGAAAUUUGAAUGAUGACUUUAUGGUAGGCCAUUUGUAGACAAAAACUUCAUAGCAUCUGAUAAAUUAAACAUUGAUUUCAAUGGGUGAGUCACGGAUGUUGUAUCUUUUUAUGAUACCGGGUUGGAGGACUUAUUAGAAAUGGAAGGAAAAAUAAUUAUCCCUGUUAAUAAGAUUUUACAGACAAGAUUUAAAUUCGGACAACUCUGAUUGAAUGAAAUUAAAUCUUUACCUUGGAAACUAACAACGAUGUCUUUCUAUUUUAGCAUAGAGAAUGGGUUAAUCCGGGAUGCAAUACGCAAGAUAAAAGCUUUACCUGAGGAUAUUAAAAUCGAUUUCUAUUUCGAAGGUUAUUACUGAGAUUUUUUAUCGAGGGAAGAGAAGAGCAAUUUUAAUAUAUUUUUAAAAAUUUUAAAAACUAAAAAAUUAGCAGCUCUCACAAUUCAAAAGAUAUAUAAUCCAGGAUUUGAACUUGAGGAUCUUAUUGAUUUGCUUCAUAAUCAAACCAACCUCGAAUUAUUAGAAUUCAACAUCAUGCGCAGUCGACGCCCAGGACCGAUGAUUAAUUCCAUCAAGAAGCUUUUUACAGCUUUAGAAACUCUUCCAAACCUGAAAUCUAUUGAUAUCUGUAUCACAUUCCUAUACAAAUGUGAGAUAGAGACCUUUGAAACACUAGCCAAGAAGUUCAUCAGCAGAAGCAUCGGGAUAAGCAUCAGGAUUAAGUUCAAGUCGGAGAAAUACCUAGACAGAUAUUCAAAACUAAAAUAUGUGCUUAAGUAG